UAUCAUUGUCAGCGGAUGCUUAUAGAAAGAAGCGAUUCGUGAGACACAACAAUGGGUCUUGCAGAAAGCCCAUCACCCGUGGUCCAAGGCCCAACAUCUUGUGAAAUUGUAGAAAAGUCGUGGAAGAAGAGACUGUUGUUGAAAGAUGCUAGAAGAUCUUUUACAUCUAUCUUUAUGAAUAUAGCUGCAGCAUGUUUCUUGUACAUGGAAAUGACAUACAGCAUUGUGGCAGGAGGUUUGGACAUGAAUAGCAGUUUUCUGUGGUACAUUGAGUUCAUCGUGUUUUUGGUAUUCAUGCUAAAUAUAGCCUUUGACGUAUUCAAAUAUAUAUCGUAUUAUGUGUUCAGUCGACAAGUGGAAGUUACACGGGUUCAGAAACAGCUUCUUGGUGUACGAGAUAAUGAUCCUGGAUUUACGCUGUCUCCAGUGAGGCCUCUGUCAUCACCUGGUAGCGAGCAUAGUCUAGUUUUCUCGAGCUCUCCAUCAAGCCAGACAGCUUACUCCCCAACAUCUAGCCCCUGGAGCAGCAUGGGUCAUGUGACACCUACUAAUUUGGGUUCCUUUAUGGGAGCACAGAGUUAUGCAAGUCCAGGUGCAUCAUUUUUGUCAACAUCAGGUGGCCACUAUUCAUCAUUUGACAGGAGUGCAAGUUUUUCACACAGCAAUAUGUCGGGAUAUUCGUCAGGUGCUUCAAUGUCACAAAGUUUACCAUACUCUCCGGGAAUGUCCAUGUCAAGUCUGGACUGCAGUGGUCUCCGUUCUCGUCUCUCCCUGUCCUCGUCAUUCAGGUCUCCAUCUCCUUCAGACAAGAUGACAGACCUGCAGUCAUUGUCCAUGUAUCUUAAAGAGCAGGAUGAAAAAGAAUAUAGGGCACAUCUCAGUUCUCAGGAUAUGUCUUUAAACGGUUCCUCAUUCUGGAGUUACGGUCGACCGAGCAUUGAUUACAGUCAUAUACUGAGAAAAAACCAGUACCAGUUAGCUAGCAGAUCACCUCAGUAUCACAAGUCGGGGGCAGAUGACAAUGACAAUAUGGGAGAAGAGGUGUGGAGACCACUGGGUGUUACUGAUGAUAAUUUAUUCCUCUGGAUUGAAAGGCUUAGAAAGUGGCUUGGUAACACUAUAAUGGUGAAAUUGGCACGUGAAAUAGACAAUGUAAAUUCACAACUUAGAAAGAUUGGAUCUGAAGAUACUGAAAUUGGUGAGGUUGGAGUGUCAAUAUUGAAACAGCUAGCGUUAACAAAGGGUAGUUAUGUACCUACACUGAAUGUGCUGGUUCCGUACCUGGACUUCACAUCUUAUCAAGAAUAUCUAGUCAAGAGAAUCAAAGAGUUAGGUAGUGACGGGUGUCUCAGUGAGUAUUCUUGGUGCAGCGGAGGUUCAGGUGGUCAGUAUGGCAAAGCCUGGGGUGAACAUCUACCUACAGAUGCUGGGUUGGUGAUGCAUAUGCUAUGUUGCUACCUGGAUUCUAGGUUACCACCUGACCUCAAAUAUCCUGAUGGUAAAACUUUCACAUGUCAGCAUUUCAUCAAAACACCAGAUACGCCAGAUUUGGAAAAGGACAAUCUGUUACUGUAUCAGAGCAGCAUCAAUCCACCACAUUUCCAAGUUGUCAUUAAAGAUACUUUACACAAUCUACCCAAGGGGCGGAAUAAUCUUUUCCAUGCCAUACUGUUUUUCCUGCAUCAUAUAAAACACACAGAAAAUGGAAUGCUUGGGAGAGUCAACCUUGGAAUGUCGGGAGUUAAUAUACUACGGGUGAUUGAUAACUGAAAGAGAAAUGGCAUGACUGCAUAUGAGAUUUUACAGUGUCUGAUAGAGAACAAAAGACAUCAGGAGAGGGUGGGGGAUCUUCAGUGCUAUAGAUUACUAAACAGUGUCACUUUGAUCUCCUUACGAGUGAAUACAUGGUGUGAAAUAGAUACAAUAAUGAAAGUAUUGCAUGAUACAAUAGAUAAGGAAACAGUGUUGGGAUCUACAUUGUGCUAUAGGUCAUUGUACAAUUUCAGUUGCAUCUGCUGUAGGUUAUAUCAUGUGUGUAUCUCUAAUGUGUCUAAGAUAACUGGACAACGAGUAGAUAUAAUGUUAUAUAAGGAGUGAAGCUACCAGAUGCAAAAUACUGAACAGAAUUACAAGGAUACCAUGUUUGUAUUUUCAGUUAUCAGGAUAGAAGGAAAUGAAUUUUAAAUUUGAAGAAAUAAAAUGUAUGUAAAGUUUUCACUGUUCAAGAAGUGAACUGUUACAAUAUGUGGUCAUUUUAAAAACGUGCAGUAUUAUACAUUUUUAUUCAUGGUGCGGGAGAUAUUACCACAUUAUUGGGCUUGUGACAAACUUGUAAAUAAGGCUAGCAAGGGGGUUGUUUCAGUUUCAUGACUGCACUAAUACAGGAGAAAUAGCGUGUUUUUCAAAUUUUUUAUGAUGAAAUGGCAGUCCAGCCGAAGAGUAUGAAUUUAACUGCAAGUUUACAGUGUUGUACAGUUUACAAGCUAAAUAAAUGUAGCUAAUUAAGCGGGGAAUCUGUGACUCAUCACUGUUUUAAACUGUUUCUAAAUCUUGGUAGCAUACGUUUUGCUGUUUGGUUUUCAUACAGGAAUGAUACAUGCUUCAUAUCAAGUGGCAGCUAUAAUGUGAACAUUGACUGUUUUUAAAACUUACAUGAAUAUGAUAAUGUAUAUUUGUACAAAAUAAAAGAAAAAAUUCUA